AGGCUGAAAGGAAAAGGCUAAUGCUUCAAACAUCGCUGAGCAGACACCAAGCAUCUCCUCCAGACAGUGGACAAGACUGACUGGCUCAGUGCAGAACUAAAUCACCUUUUAGAAACAGUGUGUGCGGGAGCUGGAAGCGGCCGUCGCAGUCAAGGAGCUCCUGUCCUAAUUUGUCUGUGAGGACGAAACGCCAGUCAGCUACACGCCCCAACAAAAGUCUAAGAUGCCCUAGGCGGGGAGAAGGGAAAUGUAAAUGGCUUCCAAAGUAAAAGAUGCUGUGGUGUGGUACCAGAAAAAGAUUGGCGCCUAUGACCAGCAGAUAUGGGAGAAAUCAGUGGAGCAGCGAGAAAUAAAGGGCUUAAGGAACAAGCCAAAGAAGACAGGACAUGUCAAACCAGACCUUAUAGAUGUGGACCUGGUUAGAGGAUCGGCGUUUGCCAAGGCCAAACCAGAGAGUCCAUGGACGUCACUGACCCGGAAAGGCAUCGUCAGGGUCGUCUUCUUCCCGUUCUUUUACCGAUGGUGGAUCCAGGUCACCUCCAGAACCAUUUUCCUCUUACUGCUGGCUCUCUAUCUGCUGCAAGUGGCAGCAGCAGUCCUGUAUGUGACCAUCCCUCAGCCCCAUGGGAUACCCACCACCGAGGUGUUUGGAGCCAUCUGGCUCAUGUUGCUGCUCGGCACCGUCCACUGUCAGAUCGUCUCCACCAGGACCCCGAAGCCUGCAUCCAGCAGCGGGGGGAAGAGACGCAGGAAGUUGAGGAAGGCAUCUCAGAUGGAGGUGCAUAGGGAAGGCGACGGGUCUAGCACUACCGAUAACACACAGGAGGGGGCGCCACACUCCCACUCAGCCAGCACCACAUACAGCCUGGGCGCUCUCUUCCAAGAUUUCUGGCAUGAUAUCUGUAAAGCUGGAUCUAAGAAGUCCAAACUGUCCAUCGACAAGUCGACGGAGACGGACAACGGCUAUGUGUCGCUGGACGGCCGGGUGACCAAUCGCAGCAGCGAGGAGGGGCUUCAGCUCCACGAGCAGCGCUGUGAUUCGCUGAACAGGGCUGACGAGGCGUGCUGGAACUCUCACGCCCAGCCCGCACACGCACACACGCCCCGCAGUACGGGACUGAUGCUGGCGAAUGGCAAUAAGGAGCCAGCAUCAGACGAGGCGUCCAGUGAGGAGGACCCUGAAGCGUCCUACAGCGCCCUCCGCAGGGGAGUUGAAAGAAUGAACAGCGACUGUACGCUCAGAAACCGCAAAAAUUCACAUCAUUACAAGAAGCACUACGCUGUGGAGGAUGUCCCCAAGUCCGGCACCAGCUGCAGCUCCAGAUGUUCCAGUCUGAGGACUCAGGACUCGGAGAGCACUCGACACGAGUCUGAAACAGAGGACUUGAUGUGGGAAGACUUCUUGCACUGUGCCGAGUGCAGGUCAUCCUGCACCUCAGAGACAGAGGGAGAAGGAGGAGGGACGCCUGUCUGUCCUCCCGCUAAAAAGGAAUACAGAGACGACCCUUUCCAUCAGGGUCACGCUCCCUGGCUGCACAGCUCCAACCCCGGUCUGGAGAGAGUGAGCGCCAUCGUGUGGGAGGGAAACGAGUGCAAGAAAGCCGACAUGUCCGUCCUGGAGAUCAGCGGCAUGAUCAUGAACAGAGUGAAUCUCUACACUCCUGGUAUUGGUUACCAGGUCUUUGGCAACCUGGUUGCCGUGACGCUCGGCCUCACACCUUUUGCGUAUAGGCUGGCUCAGUACCGUGACUUGGAUCAGCUGACCACGCUCUCGGCCAAUGAGCUGCUCUCUGUAGCGCUGGGAGGCGGGUCCGGCUCAGACGCCAUGGUCAUCACCAUGGUAACACUUAGCUUCCUGGUGCGAGUUUGCCUUAUAUGGCUCUUCUUCUUCCUGCUCAGCGUAGCAGAGAGGACCUACAAACAGAGGCUACUGUUUGCCAAGCUGUUUGGUCACCUGACUUCAGCCCGCAGAGCCAGGAAGUCUGAAGUGCCCCAUUUUAGACUGAAGAAAGUUCAGAACAUCAAGAUGUGGCUGUCGCUACGCUCCUACCUCAAGAGGCGGGGUCCUCAGCGUUCAGUGGAUGUGAUCGUGUCGUCUGCCUUCCUGCUCACUCUGUCUGUCGUCUUCAUCUGCUGUGCCCAGUUGCUCCACGUCCAUGAAACGUUCCUGGAGUGUCACUAUAACUGGGAGCUGGUGAUCUGGUGCUCCAGCCUGUCUCUGUUCCUGCUCAGGUUCGUCACUCUGGGCUCUGAGACCAGCAAGAAGUACAGCAACACCUCCAUACUGCUCACUGAACAGAUCAACCUGUAUCUGAAGAUGGAGAAGAAGCCAAACAAGAAAGAGGAGCUGACACUGGUCAACAACGUCUUAAAACUGGCUACCAAACUACUCAAGGAGUUGGAUACUCCCUUCAGGUUGUAUGGUUUGACUAUGAACCCUCUGCUCUACAACAUCACCCAGGUGGUCAUCCUGUCUGCUGUGUCGGGAGUCAUAUCUGACCUAUUAGGAUUUAACCUGAAGCUGUGGAAGAUUAAAUCGUGACAGUGAGCAGAGAAAGUCUUCACUCUCACUGCCUGACUCGCUGAAUGCUCGUCUGACUGAUUUAACGGUCGACCGACUCAAAGACUGAACGUGGGUCUCGACAUAUCGGAGUGCUUUCACCUUCAACGUUCCCACUUUGUGCAAUUCAAAAACUAUUUAUUUACCCACUCAGUGUUUUUAUUUGAAUUGUAGUUUGUUUAUUUUUUUGUGUUCUACGACACAAAAAGUGUUAUUUUACCUGUCUACAAAAAGUGUUAGUAUUAUUAUUAUUAUUAUUAUUAUUAUUAUUAUUAAGCAUAAAUUAUGUUUAAAACGUGAUGGUUUAGGUUCUCAGCUGCAUUUGCAACAGUUUUCAUUUCAGCUCGUUCACGUAUUUGAAGGUAAAGUAUUGAGCUGCCGAUGGGACAACAAUCAUUUUAUUGUUCUUUUUGUGUUUUAUUUGCUUAAACUGAAAGUUAUUAUUUAUGUGUUGAGUACAUUUGAAAACAAAAUUUCAAACUCUGUUACGAACUUAAAGUCUGUUUUUAAAAUACACGUUAGUCCAGUGGUUUUCUUUAGACAACGGAAUCGGGUGGGAUUUCUCUAAUGUAAUUUAUUAAAAUUAGACAUUAGGUUACAGUUAAACUUUUUUUUUUAAACUUUAAACCACAGAGUAUAUCCUUAUAAUAAUACAGUUAAAAGGAUAUUUUAGUUCAAACAAUUGUUCACAAAAAGAAAAGAAACUAAAGGUAUAUUUGCUGUAAUUCCUGGUUUGACAAAUAACUUCCAUCCAACCAGUUCCCAGGUUUUAACACUUACAAAACAUGACAUUUUUGUAUCUGUUAACAGAUUUUACCAGUACCGUUCUGCAGGUAAAGUUUAAUUUGCUGACUUACCUGAGAAAAUAGUUCAUGGGUUUUGUUCACACUGGGAAUAAACGACAUCAGCACUGCAAAGAAACAAUCAUCCAGUUCAUGGAAAAAACAAAACAUGGAGAACAGGAGACAGAAACCUCUGAAGUUUAUACUUUUUUUUCUUUUUUUACUGACUUUUAACUUCACAGCCCAUAUCAGUGGGUCUUUGACAGUAUUUCCAGUAAUACGUGCAUGCUGUAGGUAGUCACAUUUCCUCAUACACCACUGAUCCGUUUAAAAUAUCUUCCGUUAGCAGAGUGUGCCGACUUUUAACUUUAGGACGCUGGAAGUGGUACUUCUUUCUAAAUUAGUAAGCAAUCAAACUGAGUCCUGGCUGUCAAACUGGGACUGUGUCUGAAAUCACUCCUAUUUUUCUGAAUAUUAAGUUGGAAAUAUUUGCUCCAUGUAGUGCUCUCAAAACUUCCAAUAAGGGAACAUAAUUCUUUUUUAAAUUACUUUUGUGUGGCUACAGUUGAUGAUGUGUUCGAAAUAUGAGUUUAGAGCUCGCUAUAGAGUCCACUAUUGGGUGUCUCAGGAUUUUUCCAACUUUGGUGUGUUCAUGAGCAACAUAGAUGCUGGAAAAAAGUUUUAUUUUAUUGCUGAAAGCAUUAAAACAAUUAAGCCAUUGCUUUACCUGACUUGUUAUCAGUUUAAUAGAUACCCUUUCUAAAUAAUCUAGGUCACUCUAUGUAACCUAAUACUAUAUUACAAAUUACAUGUGAGCAAAAUAAUGCAAUACAUGAAUCAGCAAAAGUCUCUAAUCAUCAAGCAAAAAUUAACUUUCAGCCGCCAUGUUUCUUCAUAAUAUGGCAUCCACUCUACAAGUCAAAAUUUCAAAAGUUUCAGCAACUUUCCAAGCUGUUCACAUGAAAUUUCCCAGUUGGCAACUAAUUUUUCUGAUUAUUCUGACACCACAUGAAUGCAGCAUAAUCUAUAGAAAACACAGAAUGACUGAACAAGGGAGUGAUUUUGGACACAGUCUAUUGUUUUACUAUAAAAUAAGUAAUGAUGUAGUACAACACAUUACAUGAAUAAAAAUAUAUAUUUUUGUGUUGUGGCUGUGAUGCAGUUUAGUUGAAGACCUUCAAAUGUAAUUAAUCACACUUGGAUUGUUCCAUCAUCCAACCAGUUUAGAGAGUCAGUGGGUUUUAUACAGAAUUUGAUAUCAAACUUUCAGAUGUAAUUGGAUAAUUAAACAGUGAUCAAAAGUUAAAGUCAGUUGGCUUCUACCUGUCACUGGUUUGUAAACAGCAGUUAAAACAGGUCUGAAUGAAGAUAUGCACUUUAAAAGCUGAUUGGAAGAACAGAAGUUACAUCUUGUUUCAAUGUCAAGUUUUUUUUCUGUACCUGAACCUGUUUGUGCAAUUUAUCUCACUCUGAAGUAAAUCCCACAUGGUACAUGAAGUUAUCAAACCCAUAGAAAAUAUCUCAAAUGUGAUUUAAAAUGCUGGCGUUGCCUCAGUUAACGAGUUAGCAUUCCGCUAACUGAAACUAACUUCAUUCAUAAAAACGCAAGCAUAAUCAUCAUCAGCGUGUUCGAGGAGGAAGACCAAAGUGCUUAUUUUACUGUUUGUUUAUGUUUGUCUCAGCUGGAAAAAAAGAAUG